CGACUGGUUUGCGAUUGCCAGGUCCGUCUACCAGUUUAUCGCCGACGGACAGUGCGGUCAAUCUAGUUUGAAGCAUUGUCGUAAUAAGACCCAACCAUGUUCGAAAAUUAAUUUGCUAAUAUUUGUUGUAAUAUUCACUCAUCGAACAAAUUCGGAUAAUUAACACGCGGUUUUUUUACGAUAUUUUCGUUUCUUGGCAAAAUGAAGCUCCAUGACACUUGUAUUCCCGGCAAUUUGAAAACAACAAUUUGCGUGCUAAUUUGCGUUUUAUGCCUUCCAUAUAUUCAAGGUUGUACGACUCCACGAAAUGAGCCGGGCAAUUGUAUUGCAAUCAAGCAGUGUCAGCCAUUUGUAAACAUUUUACAACGACGGCCGGUGUCGGCAGCCGACGGGGAUUACUUGAGGAGAUCACAGUGCGGGUUUUCCGGCAACGAGCCGAAAGUGUGUUGCCCCACAAGCGGAUCGUAUAACAAUCAAGAAGAUGUAACAUCAAGAAGUUCAGUCGACAAAGACUUGAACUCCAAUUUACUUCCUGGUGUGGAUGAGUGCGGUGUGAGUGAGCCGAAUCGCAUUCUGGGAGGUGAAGUCACCGAAAUCGAUGAAUUCCCAUGGAUGGUUUUGCUAGAGUAUCAAAAACCAAAUGGACGUGGUUUUUAUUGCGGUGGAGUGUUAAUUAGCAAGCGCUACGUCCUGACCGCUGCGCAUUGCGUAAAAGGCAAAGAUUUACCAAGGAGUUGGAGUCUUGUUAGCGUUCGUUUGGGCGAGUAUGACACAGAGAAAGAAAAGGACUGCGUUAGCCAUGGUGUCGGUGCUGAGGACUGCACAGAUGAUCCAAUUGACAUUGAAGUUGAAGAACGGAUUGCCCAUGAGCAAUACGAUCCUCGCGACAUGAAUCAAUACCAUGACAUUGCACUUUUAAGGCUUAAAAGAGACGUUCCUAAAUAUACAGAUUUUAUCAGCCCCAUUUGUUUACCAAAAACUGUCUCCGAACGUAGGGAGGAUUAUACAGGUAACAACCUGACAGUUGCUGGAUGGGGCAAAACUGAAACAAAAUCCGAAAGCAACAUCAAACUAAAACUGCAGAUCCCAGUCAAAAGCAACAGUGAUUGCACCAACACUUACAAGUCCGCCCGCGUUCAACUAGGAAGUGGACAAAUGUGCGCUGGAGGAAAGAGAGGCAAAGACUCUUGCCGUGGGGACAGCGGUGGACCGCUUAUGUCACAGCGUAUGAAUGCAAAUGGCGCUUUCUGGACAGUUGUAGGUAUUGUGUCAUUUGGUCCAUCACCCUGUGGAAUGCAAGGGUGGCCAGGCGUUUACACCAGAGUCAGCGAGUACUCCGAUUGGAUUAUUAAUAAAAUCAGAGCACGGAGGCGCUUUUUCAUAAUGGCGCUGGUGUGGAACUGUGUUUUGGUAUGGUUUCAAUCGAACGUGUUGGCAAUGGUGCACCAUGAAUCAUUCCCAAUUGCCAGACGUGAUACCAAUCCCGGUUGUGAUUGCGGAAGAAUUCAACUAAGGCGCAUUGUGGGUGGAACGGAAACAGGGAUAAAUGAGUAUGUUUUCAUGGCAUCCCUGAUUGAUUUGGUAAAAAAAAUCCACUGGUGUGGCGCAUCUAUUAUUUCCACUCGCUAUGCUCUUACUGCCGCUCAUUGUAUAACACGGCGAAGAAAUCCCUUAGGACUUUUGGUUGGUGACCAUAACCACAAAGAGCGUUUUGAAACCGAUUCAGCUAAACUGCAUUUAUUGGAAGAUUUUAUUGUGCAUCCCAAUUAUGGUCGAUUUACUCGGCAAAAUGACAUUGCAAUCGUAAAAACAACUACUCCUAUUGAGUUUAAUACGAAUGUUGGUCCCAUUUGUCUGCCAUAUCGUUAUGUCGAUGUGGAUUUUUCUGGAGCAGUGGUGACUGCUUUGGGAUGGGGAGUCUACGAAACCGAAAAUGAUGAAAUUUCUGACUUUCUGAGAGCGGUCAACCUUACUAUUGUUACCGAACAAAGAUGUCAGGAGUUUUAUUCAAAAAUUAACAAAAUCAUCACCAUGUCACAAAUAUGCACCUUCGAAAUGGGCAAGGACUCUUGUAGGGGUGAUUCGGGCGGCCCGCUUGCAUGGUUCGACAAUUACAAAACCAACCGAUACCAACUCAUCGGCAUUAUUUCUUAUGGCUUUAGUUGCGCCACGGAUGCACCGGGUGUAAACGCAAGAGUUCCUAGCUAUGUUUCUUGGAUUCUAAAUAAGACAGCAGACGCGUCCUAUUGCUUUAUAUAAACUGCUGUAGUUGCAUUAAAAUAUUGAGUGUAUAUUUGAAUCACAAAUAUAUCUUACUAGCUGA